UGUGAACGAAUAUGAAGUCCAUUUAAACUGUGGUACCUUAAAUCAGACAAGUUACCCCGAUAAGCCAGUAACCCCGCUUUGUAGUGCAGGCCACUGGAGGUGUGAGUUAACAAUUCUGCUUGCUAAGCCAUUCAAACCGAACAGCUUGCAAAAAAAUCCCAAAGACCCUAUCCUAGAAGCUAUGGGUACAAGGCAGGGAACAACCCAGGAUGGGGUGCCAACCCAUCAUUACUUACAUAGCUUACUGAAGGAACUAGUGGGAAACUAGAGUACUCAGAGGCAACCCCACAGGGAGAACACGCAAACUCCACACACAUGAAAUUCUGGCAGACACUUGAUCCCAGGUCCCAGAGGUGUGAGGCCACACUUCUAGCUAUUACAUCACCACACUGCCCCUGUCCAAAAAGGUGAAUUGGAGUUUCCAAAUUACGAAUGGUGUGUGAGUUCCCUGUGAUGGGUUGACACCCCAUCCUGGGUUAUUCUUGCCCUAUGCCCAUUGCCUCCUGAUCCUCACAGCCCUGCACAGAAUAAGUAGGGAUGGAUGAAGUUCUUUUAUAGUAAACUUCCAUAAUUUAUCUUAGAAUAUUGUAUUUUCACUUUAUCCUGUGCUUCUCAAAUUAGAUUCUCGAUCACUGCAAGUUCAAUAGGGUAAGUGGCUAUUGAAAAUGGAUGGAAUUAUAUUUUUAAAAUGUUACUCUAAGACUUCCCUUUCACUGUUAUACACAAGGUUAACUGAAUCUAUGCAGUACUAUAGCAAGUACUCGAAAGCUGCUGUUUUUGCUGAGACUUUGUUUCUCACAUCCCUGGAGGUCUAGGAUUACGUGUGCAAGUCUCAGCUUACGGCAAAGUCAAGUGUGUAAGUUCCAGCCUGUGAGCAAAAUAAUAGCUUUGGAACAGGAAACUUCCCAGGAGAUUUACAGUAGAGGCAAAUGCAAAUCCAGGUGAUCAUGAUGAUAAUUUGGACAGUGUCAGGGCUGUAUGGGGGAAAACUCGUGUUUUGUUAACAGUACAUUCAAUGUAAAAUUUAAUAAGCAAUAUUAUUUAACAAUAUGUAAAAUGUAUCAAUACUAUACAAAUGCUUACCUGCUAAUUUAUUUUAUUGGUCUGUAAAUUAAGCAGUAAAAAGUGAAAGAUUCAUUAACUGGAAUGAGAUCUGUCAUCACUGACUAGAUCAUUCAACAAGCCUUGAAAACUGCAAAAGUUACACUUUCACAUCUGAAGUAUAAUUUUGAGAAACACAAUUGCUUGGUGUAAACACCAAAGAUUUUCUGAGUGCAGCCUGAUAGGCUGCAUGCCUUACGUCCGUGUGGGUCUCAGCUGCAUUAUGUCACCCCAUGGGUCUGCAGUAUGAUCCAGGCUAGAAACUGUAAACGAAUGUUGUCUUGGAGUGCUGGUUCUCCAGGGAGGGUCAGAUGAAAAAAUCAAGAAAACAGCAUGUCAUCCUUCUGUGCACAAGUGCAGUUUGUCUGAAACUCGUGGCGUACUCCGUACUUACGAUGAGCAAAGAUAGUGACUUGUAAGGUACUUUUUUUUAUUCUUUCAUUGUCAAGAUAAAUAUUUCAUCAUUUAAAAAUGCUGCAUUUUUAAAAACGAGGAUAAGCUUAAAAUAAAUUUCUAGUGUAUGUUAGUUUAAUGGCAGGAAAUUGAUUCAGGAUCUAUUUAGGGACAAGAUUUAAUAGUUCACCUGUGGUAUUGUUGACGUUAAACAAAUAUAUAAUUUUGGAAAGCAUUUGGACUCCGAUUGAAGGAGAGAGAACGCAAAGACCCAGAGAGUUGUGAGUGAUCAAUAUGUCAAUCAAAGAAGCAGUGGGUUUAGGGCUGCUAAUGGGUCAGUUACCAGAGGAUCUGGAGAUCAGGUCCAGCGUGGUGCGGGUCUUCAUUAGCUCAACCUUCUCAGGUAAGAGAUGUCCAUCAGCUGACCUCAGGCUCUGUGCUUUGCCAACACAUGACUCAUGUUAGUGUACUGACAGUGAAUCCAAUCGACCUGGCUGUUUGCAGAUAUGAGCAGCGAGAGGGAUGCUUUAUUGGAAAAGGCAUAUCCAGAACUUCAAGCUUUCUGUCAGAGUUUGGGCCUAGUCUUUGAGGUUGUGGAUUUAAAAUGGGGAGUUUGUCAUGUGGUUGCUGUGGAUCAUAUGACCACUGAACUGUGUCUAGAGGAGAUACAGUCCUGUAAGAGGGUUUCUGUGGGCCCAAGCAUCACUGUUCUACUGGGAAAUUGCUAUGGACAUCGCCCUAUUCCCCGGCUGAUCCCAGAGAAUGAGUUUGAGCUGCUGUUGGCCAAACUGGCUCAGAAUGAGGAGGGAAUAAGGUUCUUGAGCCAGUGGUUCUGGAAAGAUGAUAACUCUGCUCUGCCCACAUAUGUCCUGCAGCCAAUAAGCACUCACUUCCCUUAUUAUUCUGACAUUGGAUCUGACGAUUGUUCCUCGCAUGACAGUGAUGUCAUCAGCUGGCAACUGACCGAGGCUCGGAUUUUGGGGCUCCUCCGUACCGCUGCCCUGCAGGCUUCCGAGGAAGGAGAACUCAGCACAGAGCAGAAACAGAAAUACUUUAAAUCUGUGAGCGAGUGGGAGAUUGGACAGGGCCUCCUUGGGAUUCAAACGAACAACCAGCAUGCUGUGGUUUUUGUGAGGGAAUUACCACGGCUGAAAAAGAACAAAAGCCAGGGGGCGCUCAGCAAGUUCGUUGACUUCACUGCAGAUGGUCUGGUAGAUACCGAAGCGCAGGACCUUCUGUCAGCGCUCAAGGCCCGCAUCUAUGCCACGUGUUCUGGCUUUCUGAAUUUGCAUUGUUUGGAGCUUAGGAAAGGCAGAAUUGAUCCUGGCUGCAAAGAACAUGCCUCGUAUCUCCAAAGUUUCUGUGAACAAUUUGUUUCUCAAAUGAAGGCAAAGAUCAAGUGGGCAACAGCACAGACACCAGAUCAAGAGUGGUGCUGGUUGCUGAAGGAGAUCAGCCAUCACCUGGUGCUAAGUUCCACUAAGUGUGCUGUCUUUUGUGGAAGAGAACAUCUCUUGGGCAGGAUCUGUCUCCACAUGUGGGAAUCUGCCAGUGACAGUCACUCUCCACUCGUUGUGUAUGGACCUUCUGGAAUUGGCAAGACCGCGCUAUUAUGCAAACUGGCGCAGGAGAUGCGUGGGGUUCUGGGCCCAAAGGCUGUUGUUGUCCUCAGGCUUUUAGGAAGCUCUCCCUUGAGUUCUGACAUCAGCUCUGUCCUGAGGAGCAUUUCUUUACAAAUAUGCGGAGCCUGUAGUUUGCCGCUGCCAAACUCACUAACCACCAACAACUAUGAAGCUCUAAAAAGGUUUUUUCAUCUCACUCUUACCAGGGUAUCACAAAAGAGGCAGCCACUUCUCAUUAUACUGGACGGCCUAGACUGUCUUUCAAAGACCUGUCAUGCGCACAGGCUAUACUGGCUUCCCAAAGAGAUUCCUCCAAAUGUCCAUCUUGUGGUGUCCACGCAGGAGAACAGUCAACAUAUCUUAAAUAACUUGGAGGGAUUGAUAGAACCAAAAAACUUCUUUGAGGUUGAGCAGUUGACGUUUGAUCAAGGAAAAGAUGUCAUCCACGCUUACAUGAGCAAAAUGAAGCGUUGCCUGACUCCAGAGCAGCACAAUGUGAUUCUGAGCAUCAUACAGAUCUCUGGCAAUCCACUGCUGCUCAUGCUGGCUCUGAACACAGCAAGGCAUUGGGCGUCAUACACCCCAGUUUCAGAGGAGCAGCUAGGCACCACCUUGCAGCAGGCUGUCUACAUAUUACUCCAGGGCCUGGAGGAGAAACAUGGGAAGUUACUGGUCGGCUCUGCACUUGGAUACAUUGUAUCAUCAAGAGAUGGGGCAUCAGAGGCGGAGCUUCGUGACCUGCUUUCACUGGAUGAUGAGGUACUAGCUGAGGUGUACCAGUACAAGCUGCCUAUAAAUCACACUGCAGUCCGUCUUCCCCCCUUGCUGUGGACACGACUGAGGCAUGACAUUGAUGAAUAUCUGCUGGAGAAAGAGGCAGAUGGGAUCAAGGUGCUUGGUUUCUAUAAUAGGCAUUUUACUGAAAUGGUGCAGGAGAUGUACCUGUCUUCAGAGCAGAGGACCAAGAGACACCAGGUGUUUUCCGAGUACUUCCUGGGGCGUUGGAGCCAGGGCAGAGUCAAACAUCUCCAGCUGCCUUCCUUUCAAACCAAACUGAAUGCUGACAGGAAGGUGAUCUCUCAGCCCUUAUGGUUUGCUGAGGGUGUUGCCAAUAAACGAAAGCUACGAGAGCUACCUUACCAUCUGAUUCAUGGAGGGAGCUGGCAGGAACUGCGUCAGGAAGUCAUCGGCAAUGCAGAGUGGCUAUGGUGUCAGACCACGACCUGUGGGGUGGCCAGCGUUAUCGAGGACCUGUCACUCUGCCUGGAGGUCCACGACUGUCCUGAGAUCGAACUGGUCCGGGACAUGUUCCUACUCAUGAAACCUACUUUCGACAGUAUAGAGGGACAGAUGGACCCAUCCGUCUUCUACACUGAAAUCUUCGCCAGGCUAUACUCCCUUGCUGAGAUGUAUCCUUAUGUCAUUGGUCGACUGUACUCCCAGUGUCGGGACUGGUUCGAUUCAUCGCCCAAUCCAAUUCUUGUUCCCAGUUGUGGCUUCUUUCAGUCACCAGGCGGACCACUGAAGACAGUCCUCACUGGUUCCCAAAAAGGGAUCACUGGAAUGGAUAUUUGCCAGGAAAAACGUCUCCUGGCAGCAGGAUCAACAGAUGGCAGUGUGAUAGUGUGGCACCUGGACGACCUGGGGGUCGCCCACACACUUACUGGGCACACAGGCGCCGUGCUGCAGGUGAAGAUAGUCAGCAGAGGGGCCCGGUGUCUGUCCCUGGCGUGUGACGGAACACUGCGGCUGUGGAGCCUCCUGAGUGGCAGGCAGCUGCGCAUCUUGGACGAGUUUUCCACGGAUGCCCAGCUGCAGAUCCAUGUGGUGGAAGGGAUGCCACUCUUCUGCUCCUCAUGUGGAACGAAGAUAAAAGCAUGGCACCUUGAAACAGCAGAACCACUCUUCCAGCUGGAAGGUGCUGGUGAGGAGCUGAUCAUGCUGGGGUUUCUGGACGAGGAACUCGCGGUCCUCUCCAAUCGAGGACGCCUCACGCUAUACGACUCUUCUACCGGUGUGGAGAAAACACAGGCCUGCUUGACGACUGACCUCCAGAACCUGAUACUCGCAUGUACAGUGACCCUUCCGACUCGAGGCGGGCUGGUCGUCGGGUCCAAACAGGGUGUCCUUUAUCUGGUUUCAAGUCAGGGGUCACAGGAUGUGGCAAGACUGUCCUCUCCAGUUUCAUUCCUCAUCCUGUCUGGCGAUGAAAAGCUGCUGUGUGCUGGUUACGAGAAGCAGGUAGCCAUGUUCCAUGUCCAGGCUAGCUCGAUGCAAAGGUUCCUGGCUCAGGCGUUCCAGCACGAGGACGCCGUGUGGACGGCGGCCAUACCCGACCAUCGCAGGGUGCUCAUCACCGGCUCCGAGGACCACGUCAUACGGGUGUGGUGUCUGUCCACAGGAGACCUCCUGGACUCCUUUGUUGGCAUGGGGGCCCGUGUCACAGGGCUGGUCACGUACGGAGACACGGUCAUCGCGGCCUCCAGCGAUGCCCCGCCGCUGAAGCUUUGGCAGCUCAAUUACAAGCACAAGACCGAGAGCUGCUUCCCCGCCAGCAGGGCGCUCAUGACAAUGUCACACGAUGGUGAGAAGGCCUGCUUCCUACAGCAUGGUGACAGGACGCAGGUCAUCUUGUGGGACUGCCUCACAGGAACUCCAGCUGAAACCAUCGCCGUGUCGUCUGAAGUGAGCUGCAUGGAGCUGGCCCAGAAGAAGAAGCUGCUCUUCUGCGGCGUGAAGACCGGCACCAUCUUGAUCUACCCUUUAGCAAACUCGCCCGAAACCCUGUGUAUCCCCCCGCCUGAGACUCUGCCCACGGUCUGCUGCAUGGCGGUGAGCCAGGCGGAGGACAGGAUGGCCGUGGCCUACCAGGAAAGCAUCUGCGUGUUUGAAAUCACAGAGCGGGACGGCUUCCCCGGCGUGGAGGGUCCAUUUCAGACGCUGCCCCUCUCCCUGCUCCACUCUCCCAUCUCUUGCAUGGCUCUGCUGUCAGAAUGCAGGUUGCUUAAAGGUUCAAACUGUGGGGAAGUCACACUGUAUGACUUUAAGAAUACCUGCGUGACUUCCUUGGGGAGACACCAAACAAAGAUUACGUGCAUCACGGUGAGUAGGACGGAAUCGCUCGCUCUGAUUGGCUCCCAGGACUCCGUCCAGAGGCUGUGGAGUCUGUCCCCUCUAAGGCUGCACUACACGAUGGAGCACCAGGGUUUCGUUUUAGAGGGUGUUCUGUGUUCAGCUUUUUCGGAAAACGGACAGUAUAUCUUCACAGGGUCCCAAGACCGAACUAUUAAAGUCUGGGAUGUCAUUAGUGGAAACCUACUAGUUAUUCAGUACGUCUACGCCCCCGUCACCAGAAUUUUGCCAUACAAGGAGGGGUUUGUGGCAGUUUCACAGCUGGGUCAUGUGAUCAAAGAGAAAUUCCAGUGUCCAAGGCAAGUGAACCUGCAGUGUAGCCGACUCCAACACAUCCAGAGGCAGUACAAAAUCACACGCAGAGAGAGGGACCCUGAAACUCCGCCUUCAACCACGGCAAAAACCACAGAGCAGAAGUCUGCCCAACCCCAGCUUGCUAAGACUACGUCUCUACACACAUGCUGUGUGUUAUAACACUAAAUGCCUUAAGCCUUCAUUACUGAUUCACCCACAAUUGUCUGCAACUGCUUUUAAUUUAAUGCAUUUGUCACUAUUUUGGCUGCAUUAUUCACAUUAUAGUAAAAGGCUUCGAAGAAAUUAGGUCAUACAAAUCAAGUAUUUCAAUGACCAAGAGAAGUACUCAACAUCUUAAAAUUUUCUCAAAUUUUUGACUAAUUUAAAUAGCCCCCAAACUAGCAUUGCAGACUUGCAUUCAGCUUCCAAAUAUACUGUAUCUACCUGGAAUGCUUCUUUAACAAUCCUGAAGAGUUCCCACAAGUUCUGGGCACAAGUUGGCUACCUUCCAAAUGACAGAUGAGGAUCAGAGAGCAGUUUAGGUGGGGGGAUUGUGGGGGCCGGUCAUCUGUCACAGCACUCCACCUCUCUCCUUGUUCACAUGAUAAUACUUACUGCAUAACCUUGAGUCGUUAUCUUGUUGCAAAACAAAUGAUUUUCAGUAGGUGUGCCCAAACGGUUGACUAAUACCGUACUUCUUGAUCUGUUAUAUUGUCACCCUAACUGAACCCUAAACCUAAACUUAACCCUAAUGACAAAGCUAACCCUAACCUUAACUCUAAAGCCAGCACCAGCCUUAGCCAUAACCCUAACCCUAACCCUAAUCCUCACCCUACAUCUAGCCUUAUGGACUGCAUGCCAGUCCAUCACAGGACACACACACCCGACAGAAUAGCUUCAUAAAUGACACAGCAUAACAAGCAGAGGUGUUCAAAAAAGAGAAAAUUCUGUAAAUACAUAAAAUAAUACAUUUGAGUAAUAUGAUUUGUAUGAAGGAAAUAGAAAAACCAGCAGAUAUACAAUAUCACACAUACAAACACAGACUGACGCAUACAAAACAAUGCACUGGAAAUCACAAUAACAACUGAAUCACCUAGUCAGCAGAAACUGCAUGUGAAAUUAACUCACUGUCAACAGGCCACAAUUCACAAAUAACACAAUAAACAAUACACAAGUGGCGCUUUUGAGUGCAAUCCUGUGUUUAUACAGAUUCCUUAUAUGUAACAGACGUUUUUGGGUGUGUCAGGAUGUUGUUUUUCCAUUUCCUUUUGUCAUCUUCAACUUGAUUUGGUGUAUAAGGGCUGCUGCCAAUGAGACCAUACAUAUCUAUAAGGAGAAUAUGCAGAAGCAGCAAACACAUUAUAUGAUGUCAGCAUGACUAUUUCCUACAUCCCAGCUCUGCCUUUAUAUGAUGUCAUGCAUAACUACAUCCCAGCUCUGCCUUUAUAUGAUGUCAUGCAUGACUACAUCCCAGCUCUGCCAUUAUAUGUCAUGCACAACUUUUUCCUACAUCCCAGCUAUGCCUGACUGUGCUUUCUGUAACAUGACUGAUAUUGUAAUCCUGUUGUGUCCUAUUCCACGUCGUUUCACUUGAAAAUUUUCUGCAUUGCAUUUUGGCACUGAUGGUCUGGCAUUGGCCUAAUAAGAAUAUUUAUUUGAUUGAUGUAGUUAAUUAAAUAUUGCAUUUUGCUUACAGA